CCAUCGAAUUUCGAGAAUCGCAAUCUCCUGAAACGAAACAAUUCCACCUGCGGGUUUCGUGAUCAACUUUCUCAUAUCAAAUUGAAAUUCGCCCAGAAAUUGCUGUCUUAAGCAUUCACGGAUAGGGGAGGAAGGAAACGCUUUCCGCCAACUGCUCAAACCAGUUUGUCACCUGUGACUCCUUGAGUACCCCCGCCGAUUUAUUGGAGAUCCUUGGCCUUGAUCGCAUGAUUUGGUACAUGUCCCGAUAACAUACGACAUCAGCUACCAACAUCCCGCGAACGGCCUUGACAUGGCGUUACUGGGCUGCUCACUGAUUCUCGCCUCCGUCGUCCUAUUCUGCAUGCGCAGGCCGGCCUGGUUUUCCUCCAUAUUCGGAGGUCCUCCGCGACAUCGGAUAGGGCCGCCGCCAAAGGAGACGCCAGAGACCGAACCUGCCCUCACGCCGGACAGUUCGGAACAUCACGGCUCCAAGCGCGAAGACGGCACAGCCGCGCCAACCAACCGGCAGACUGCGGUCCAGGUCCCGAUACCUCCUCUCCAGCCCGUGAUUCAGCACACGGCUCCAGUGGCAGAGGCGGCAAACCUCGAAUCGUCAAACUAUGAUUCAGCCGGAGAUGGCCAAACCACCCCCAAGACUUCGGCAGUCGUCCUCGACACUUCCAUCCCAGCAUUCUCACUCUCCGUGGCAGAACCAGCCCCCAACGCCUCGAAUCCGAACAGAGACGUGGACCCUGGCCCAUUAUCAACGAUCCCAGCACCAACCCUAAUGAUGCCCCCUCCCCCGCGGCCACCAACUCUCCGCCCACACACCACCAGCACCUCCCCCUCCCUCGCGCUUCCUCCUCAGCGAUUCCGCAACAACAACCACCCUCUCCCCGCCCGAGGCCAACAACAACAGCAACCAGGCUGUUCAACCCUCGCCCCGCCGCCAACCCACACCUCCAAACCGACCAAACCCUCGCGCGCCGUCGUCCUCACGCCGGGCCACUCCCCGCUGGACUGGGCGCGGCUCUCCACCAACCCAACAACCGACCUGCGGGGGCUACCGCCAGGCACCCCCUACCUGCGGGUAACGCCGAGCAUGCUCAGAAAGAUGACAGGUCGUAGGGGAAAGGACGCGUGGACGGUUUUGGGCGGGAGGGUUUACAACAUCACGCCGUACCUUGCUUUCCACCCUGGGGGGGAGCCCGAGUUGUUGAGGGGGGCUGGGAGGGACGGGACGAAGUUGUUUGGGGAGGUGCAUCCGUGGGUGAAUUAUGAGGGGAUGUUGGCGGCUUGUUUGGUGGGGAUAUAUGUGCCUGAGGAGGAGGAUGGGGGUGAGAGGGCGGGUGGUGCGAGAGCUGGGGCAGAUAUGGAGGCGAUGGAUUAGUUUGUGAGAGUUCUCGGGGUGUGAGGUGCUUGGAAUCUAGAGAGGGACGUCAAAUCAAGCCGGGCAAGCGCGGAAUCUGCGAUGAUUUCAUUGUACCAUAAACCUGUCUUAAAACAGAGUUCCCUGGUGGGAAGCACAUUUGAUCGAAUGAUACCCAAUCGACCAGAA